AUUCGCAGCAUUUUUGGUAAGUAGUCGCCUAGAAAUCGAAUGCAAUUCUAUUCGUCGUUUAUUUUUCCGUUGCUUCGGGCUUACUGUGGGAAAUGAUCGCAUAGCGCACACAGCGACUUAUAAAUUAAAUGCAGUGACUAUUUUCUUUGAAGAGUUUGGCUCAAUCACUUCAUUUAAUAUCACAUCUGUUGGAUGCGGCCGUCGUCGUCGUCCAAUGUAAAUAUUGACACAAUUGCUUGCUCGUUUUCUCCGCUGAUUGGUAUUCUCAUUCGUGCGUUUCUAAUGGUUGUAAUAAGAAGAGCUGUGCGGCAAUCGUAAUUUGCUCCGUUGUGUUUAUUUAUUUGCGCUCUCUCAAUUUCUGGUCGGCCAAAAACGUGAGAAACAACCAACUUUUUGACAUCAUCAUCGUCGCCGUUUGUCAUUGCGCUGGCUGCUGCUCGCCUUGUCAUCAUCACUCUUCGUUUCAAAGACAAACAGCCCCAAACACGAUAGAAUAAAAAAAAAUAAACAUAUCCUUUCCAAACUGUUAGACGAAUGUGAAACUCAAAGCACGAAUUAAGAGUCAUUAAGUUUGCUCAAUUUCACAAACUUUUCCAGUCAUUUUCAAAGUUGUGGACUUAUUUUCAGAGAUACUCCUCGAGACCUUUUACUCCAGCCCUCUCGGCCAACAUUCGUUCAUCACAUAAGCAAACACACACGCACCAAACACAAACACACAGUGAACGCGAACGACAUUUCCGUAACGAAUUGCGAAUAUGUCGGAAAUUGUGCCAACGUGCCGCGAAGAUGUAACCAAGCGAAUUCUACAGCAUAAAGUCGUGCUGCAAAAAAAGUGGCGAGAUCUGGCUGAGCAACUCAACCAAAGUGUGGAAUGGACGGUAGCCGCAUGUUUGGGUCAAAUGCAAAUGAAUCUUGAGCAAUCUCAAGCGGUCGCAGCGUAUUUUCAAUUGAAUGCCCAAGAAUGUCUUUGGCUUCAAACCAUACCGCAUAAAAAUACCUUGAACGGUGGCACAGUACCAUCCGAUCCAUUGCUGUAUCGCUUACAUGAGGCGUUAGGUGUAUACGGGCCAGCGUUGAAAGAGAUAAUCCACGAGGAAUUCGGCGAUGGAAUCGUUAGUGCAAUUGAUUUCUCCAUCAAAGUCGAACGCGAAAGUGAUCCGGCUGGUGACCGUUGUCGAUUGGUUUGGUCUGGCAAAUUUUUGCCAUACAAAAAAUUCUAAUCGCAUUUUUUCUGCUUAAUCAACGAGACUCAACACACUCCUAAUACUCUAUUCACAAGUAGAUGGCACCAAGAUGCAACAUUGCCACAUUUAGAAUCCAAUAUGAAUUUAUGGAAGGAAAAAUUUAUACACCGAAUUACAUUUAUAUUGAUUUUUGAUUGAAGAGAAUUCUAUUACGACCAAUAAAUAAUGUGUAAUAAUUUUGAAGCAAAAAGAAAAUCGUGACAGAGA